AUGGUUGCUAGUAAUUCAGUUGCUGUUGGUUGUGCAGUGGGCAUCCCAGUUGGUGUUGGAUUGAUAAUUGCUGGUUGUUUUUGGCUAAGGCUUCAACGAAGGUUCAAAAGAGAAGAUGAGCAAGAUGCUGAUCUACAACGUGCUGUAUUCGAUGAGGAUGCAUAUAUUAACUUUGAAAGUAUGCCAACAUUACGAAAUAAUAAUAAUAACGAUGAGGAUAAUAAUGAUGAUAAAAGAAUUAAAAAAAUAGAGGAAAAUGGAAAUGAAAAUACUAUACCUAUUAAUGAUAAUAAAGAACAAAGAAAGAGUAAAUACUUUGUUCCUGCUUAUAGAAGAAAGAUAAACGCUCUAUCUGUUAGAUACGAUGGACAACAAAAUAUUGAAAUGCAAGGUUUUGGAGCGAAUAGUUCAAAAGUAUCCUUAGAUUCCUCCAAUGCUCCACCAAAAAGAGUUAUAAGCGUAUAUGAUCAAAUGGUGCCAUUUGUUGACGGUGAUAAAAAUAGUGUCAUACAAAAUACAGAACUUUUAGAAUCAAACGAUUCAGUAGGGAAUGAUAGCACUCGUCCAUCAAGUCAAGCAAAUUUAAUAAGCAAUUUAAAUAGCAAUGAUUUUGGAUCCUAUUAUCCAAGAAAGGAAUCCUUCUCCAGCAUCAAUAUACCACAUCUGAAUACGUCAUCUCCUUCAUUCACUACAAGACCAUCUUCCGUAAAUUCAAUGAUUAGGCCCAAUAGUACAGAUAAUAUAUUUGACACGCCCAGGAAAAGCAAUAGUGAUAUUGUUUCCAUUAAUAAGGAUCAAGUCAAUCGCACUGGCUCUCCUGUUAAAGGAACUGUGAUAUCUGAAAAUAUGGGCUAUAAAUUGAAGAAUAAUUACAACAUAGAAAAUUCCAAUGAAAUAGCAGAAGAAGAUCAAUAUGAAAAUGAAUUUACAAACUACUCACAAAAUAAAAAAGAAUUUAUCGAUUCAUUAAGACCAAAAUAA